AUGUGGCAAGCCUGGCACUGGCGGGGCGUGGGCACUCAGGACUGCCAGGGCGCAGAAGGCGAGGUCCCGCAGGAGCUGGUCUCCCUUCCUCUCAGCAAGUGGCCUCGGGAGCCCAAGGCCAGGGGCAGCGUCCCCAGCCACGCCUCACAGUCGGUGGAACUGGGGACCAGGCCCCGAUCUGCAGAGACAGAGGUGGAGGAGGACCAGCGAGAAGUAGGAAAAGCCAGCAGACAUGCCUGGGGGAAGAUGCCCCGGCCUCCCAAUCUCCUGGAACCUCAGUGCGGCCGAGUCGGGUCCUGGGAUCUGAUCUGUCCUGAAGACGGAGACGCAACAGGCAGUGUCUGUUUUCGUGAGAGAGGUCAUCUCAAAAGACGGGGCUGUGAGGAGCUGGAGGAGAGAAACCAGCUCGACCAGCCUCGGAGCACCCGGAGGAAGGUUCUGGACCUGGGCCCAGGGAAGGGGCUGAGCCCGGGGCACCAGCUGGUCGGCACCACUUCGGUCCAGUGGUCGCUGACACGGGGACAGCGUGGUCCUGCUGUGACGUGGACGCUGAGAAGGCAAGGAUGUUCAGACGGCACCGUCCACAGGGAGCUGUGGAUAGGAGCCGGGUGA